GAAAGGUCUUAGGAGUUGCGGGGAAUUAAGUUUAGGAGGUGGUUUAAUGCUAGGUUGCUCAGGUACGAAAGGACAGGCAGGCUCCUGGUGAGGCUGACUAGUUGUAUCUUUCCCUUACACGCAGGCCAUGUGCAUACAUCACCUUCUUUUUCUCCUUCUUAGCGGUUCUACUUAUCCAGCCCCCUAUUCUUAACAGUCCAGGUUGGGCUGCUGCAAAAUCCUCAUAUUGAAAAUUAUCUGUCACUGUUAAUCCCUUUAUUUUCAUAUUUGGAGACAUCUGCCUAGCGAUACUAACAAAAGCCCUUACUACAGAGGUAGCUUUAUGGAACGCUUUCCAACCAGAAAUUAACUUUAAAAAAUCUCAUUUAUACAACGAUUACUUACAAAGUAACCUGGCUUCUUUAAAAUGGAAAACGACAGGGUGUAUUCUUUUUCAGUAGUGGAAGUGAUGUUUGUUUCAUAUUGACAACUUUAAAGCCAUUUGGAAGCGUUUCAGUGAAUAGCAAAAUGAGUGACAAAGCAUGUUCCUUUUUGUGGAACCUCAGACAAUUCAGUACUUUAGUUUCAACAAGCAGAACUGUGAAGCUAAAUCCUUUGGGAUUUUGCAGACCAAACUUUGUUUAUUCAAACUGGAAGCUAAGAAACCGCCUCUUAAAUGACUUUGGUAACAAAAUUCAACCAUCUAGAUCAUCUGUUAGAUAUCUCUUUCAGGAUGCAUUCAUUUUUAAUUUGGGAGCUGAUGGCUUUCAAACAAAGGGCAGAAGCAUGUUAACAGUUUUUACAGUUGACAGACAACUUUGUCCUCGAAGACCGUCCUUUGACUCAAGACGUUCCUUUUUCUCUAUUGGUGCACACAGUAAUGGAUUCAACAAAGUAAACUUUCAUCAUGAAGUCUCCAAUGAAAAUGUUCUCACCAGUGAAACAAAACCAACCCCUAUCAGUUACAGAAAACUGUCUCAAGAGUGUAAUUCCCUGAAUGAUGUGUUGGAUGAAUUUUCAAAAGCGCCUACAUUUCCUAGUAGUAACUAUUUCACAGCAAUGUGGACAGUGGCCAAAAGGCUGUCUGAUGACCAGAAGCAUUGUGAAAAACAACUGAUGGUUAGCCACCCUGCAUUUAACCAGCUCUGUGAACAUAUAAUGAGGGAAGCCAAGAUUAUGCACUAUGACCACUUGUUGUUUAGUCUUCAUGCUAUAGUGAAGCUUGGGAUCCCUCAGAACACUCUUCUGGUACAGACUUUGUUGAGGGUGAUCCAGGAACGUAUCAAUGAGUGUGAUCAGAAAUGUCUUUCAGUUCUGUCAGCUCUUUUAGGGGCAAUGGAGCCAUGCAAGAAUGUGCAUGUUCUUCAAGCAGGAUUAAGAAUAUUAGUUGAUCAGCAAGUCUGGAAAAUAAAACAUGUCUUCACUUUACAAGCUGUGAUGAAAUGUAUUGGAAAAGAUGCACCAAUAGCUCUUAAAAGGAAACUGGAGAUGAAAGCCUUGAGUGAACUAGACAGAUUUUCUAUUUUGAAUAGCCAGCACAUGUUUGAGGCACUAGCCGCUAUGAAUCACCGUUCUCUUACGCUCUUGAAUGAGUGCAGUAAGACGGUCAUUGAUAAUAUCCAUGGAUGUCCUUUUAAAGUAAUGCUGAACAUACUGCAGUCCUGCAAAGAUCUCCGAUAUUAUAAUUCUUAUCUCUUCGAGGGAAUAGCAGACUAUGUGGCUGCAACUUAUGACAUCUGGAAGUUGAAACAUGUUAUUUUUCUCCUUCUGUUAUUUGAAAACCUUGGUUUUCGACCUGUUGGUAUGAUGGACUUGUUAAUGAAGAAAAUAGUAGAGCAGCCUGAAUCCUUGGACGUGAAAAACAUCGUCUCCAUUCUUCAUGUAUAUUCUUCUCUCAACCACGUCUGCAAAUACCAGAACAAAGAACAUUUCCUAGAUGUGAUGGCUAGUGCUCUGACUGGUUGUCUUUACCACAUUUCUUCUGAAAACCUAUUGAAUGCUGUGUAUUCAUUUUGCCUAAUGAAUUAUUUGCCUCUCGCCCCUGUUAAUCACCUGCUCCAAAAGGAAGUCAUCAGUGAGCUGCUGAGAGCAGAUGACACGGAGAGGAAUGUUCACAAGCUUCAUGUUUUGGAUACUUGUAUAAAACUUGAUAAUACCCCUUAUCACAAGGCCAUAGACCUAGCACUGCCACAGGUGCCACCGGCACCACCAGAUCCCAACACAAAGGUUGCAGAGGUGCUAAGUCGCCUUCUGGGAGGUGGAGGAUACUUCUCAAAAAACGUGCAGCUGCCACAUAAUUACUGUAUUGAUUUUGAAAUCAGAAUGGAUACCAACAGGAGUCGAGUGCUUCCAUUUUCUAAUACCGAUGCGACUUCCGCUACAGAUAUUCAAAGGGUUUUCUUCUUUGUAUUUGAUCUGCCAGUUCUGGUUUCAUGCUCCUCUCUCUGGAGACAAGUAGCCAUGUUAUGUGUGCCUAGAGCUGCUUACUGUUGGGGUUCGAGCCACCCCAGAGGAUUUCUUGCUAUGAAAAUGCGGCAUUUGAAUGUCAUGGGUUUUCAUGUGAUCUUGGUUAAUAACUGGGAGAUGAACAAACUAGAGAUGGAGGAUGCAGUCACAUUUUUGAAGACCAAAAUCUAUUCAGUCGAAGCCUUGCCUACUGCUGAUACAAAUUUGCAAAGUGUAUGUUAAAGUAAAAAUCAGCCUUUUCACAUUAGGAUAUAUGCAUUUGUAAAAAUUAAUAAAGAUAAUAAUUCAAUUAUCAGUGGAAUU